GUGAGUAAGAGAGGGAGUGCUUUCGUUGCAAGUUUGCAGAGCCCUCCUUCCGUACAACAAACCUCCGCUCUCACCAGUGUUAGAUAAUUCUAGGAAAUGAAGGCUGCUCGCUACUUGGAUCUGGAAUGAGGGGAGGAAAUAAAAUGCAGAACUUCACAGGGUCCAGAAAUCUGAAAAAGAGUCAACUUGGUGGUGUCAUUUUUGGUUGCACAAGCAGCACCAUCAAAGAAUGCUUGUCCAAACAACUGUUUGGCUUACCAGCUCAACACUUUUCAUAUGUGAAAAACAUAGAUGUGGGAUUGCCACUUUUUCUGUUCAACUACUCUGAUAGGAAACUGCACGGAAUUUUUGAGGCUGCUAGCUGUGGUCAAAUGAAUAUUGACCCGUAUGGAUGGACCAUUGAUGGUUCAGAAAGAACGCAAUAUCCUGCACAGGUUCAGAUUCAUGUCCGACUACAGUGCAAACCACUGCCUGAACAGCAAUUUAAACCAAUAAUUACUCACAAUUACUACAAUCAUAACCAUUUCUGGUUUGAGCUUGAUCAUGGUCAGGCUAACAAGUUGAUGUCCUUGUUAGCAUCCUCAGCAAUUGCACCUAGUACUUCUCUACAUCAAAAUACAGCAACAUGGAGAACAAUUUUCCAAGCUCCACACUCAACUAGAAAAGAAGAGGAAGCUGAAGGUUUUAAGACACUUGCUUUGGAGGUUAAGCAUUCUAACUGCUUAAGUGGGAAAUUGGAUUCUAGAAGUAAUGGUUUUCAUUUUGAUAGACUAAGAGAGGGAGAUGAAGUGUUUCUUCAGCCAGAUUUAGAUGUUGAACAUUGUAAUCAGUCAAAUGGAAAGUCACAAUCUACAGAUUUUCAUCCUUUUGAUCCACUGGGAACCCAUUUAGAUGCAUGGAGAAAGAUACAGGACGAGGAAGUCCUUAUACUGAUGAAACUGAAAGAACUGGCCAGUCAAGGUGAAUGUCAUGACUUGUCUUUGACAAACAAUGUUGAAACCUCUACACUAAAGAACAACAAAGAUUUCAAUGAUGAGAGUUUCCUAAAGGAACAAACUGAUUCUGAGCAGAAGAACAAUAGGAGUUGUUGCUCUAAUUGCCAAUCUGUUAUAGCUCAGUUGAUUCAAGGAAUGGAAGAGUUCAAGAUGUUUAAAGCAGAACAAUCUGCAAAGAUGAAUUAUAUGGAGCAAAAGCUGGUGAAGGCCGUAAAGGAAAUUGAGGAGUUGAAAGAUCGUUGUACGAUGUUAGAAUCCAUGUCUAGUCACUCUGUGGAACCUGUUAAUGAAAUGACAAUAGAGUCAUCUGAUGAGCUGGAUUUGGAUCCUACGACAUCAAUAUUUUUACUAGGAGGAUAUGAUGGUGAAUCAUGUUUAUCGACACUGGACUCAUAUUUUCCAUCUCAAGAUGUGAUAAAAUCUCUCAAGCCAAUGAAUUCUGUCCGUUCAUAUGCUUCAGUUGUGCAGUUGAAUGGUGAAAUCUUCAUCUUUGGUGGUGGUAAUGGUUCUGAGUGGUAUGACACAGUUGAAUCAUACAGCUCAGCUAAUGACCAGUGGACCCUCUGCCCUUCAUUGACUGAGAAAAAGGGAAGCUUAGCUGGAGCCACUUUAGAUGGGAAGAUAUUUGCAAUGGGUGGUGGAAACGGGUUUACAUGCUUUUCAGAUGUUGAGAUGCUCGAUUUAGAUGUUGGACGAUGGAUCCGCACAAGGUCAAUGACACAAAAGCGUUUUGCUCUUGCUGCUGUGGAACUUAAUGGUGCAAUUUAUGCAACUGGUGGAUUUGAUGGAAAUGAUUAUUUGACAUCUGCUGAAAGAUUUGAUCCUAGGGAGUAUUCAUGGAGCAAAAUUGCAAGCAUGAGCACAAGGAGGGGCUGCCAUUCACUGGUUGUUUUGAAUGAAAAAUUAUAUGCUCUUGGUGGUUUUGACGGCAUUGCAAUGGUUCCAAGCAUUGAAGUAUAUGAUCCACGUCUUGAAUCGUGGAUAGCUGGGUACCCAAUGAACCAGCCAAGGGGAUAUUCUGCUGCUGCUGUUGUAGAAGGCUCCAUACAUGUCAUUGGAGGGGUGAAAGAUGACCAAGACAUUGUAGGCACGGUUGAGUGUUUCAAGGAGGGCCGUGGAUGGCAGGAAAAAUCUUCGAGGGCAGUUGGGAAAAGGUGCUUCAUGUCAGCUAUUACCUUGUCACAACAGAACCAGUCUACAGUAAAGGUUGCUCGGCACAAUGAUUCAUAAAUAUAUAUUUUGGCCAACACAGCUCAAUGGUAUUAAGUAGGAAGUAGCUGUUUUUUGGGUGAAAUGCCAGGGCGAUGACCCAUCAUAAUUAUACAGCAUUAAGCUUUUGAUUUUUUGGUACAAUUACAUAGCAUUAGGUUGAGUAUAGGACUGUCAUUAUUCAUCCUUGAUAUCCCAUUGCAUAGAUUUGGAGUUCUGAUGAGAAAUGAAGAUGAAUGAUUUUUCCCCCCAGGAAAAAAAAAAAAAAAGGGUGGGGGGCUGGGGGGAAUUGUAAGGUCUGUUUUUGCAAUUCCAGCUCAAUAGCACUUAGCUCAACAUAAGUAAAAGAAAACUUGAUCCUGGAGUUUGGUUUUGAACUUUGAAAUACCUUCUAUUGUGGUGUUAAAUUCCUUCCAAUAGGGGUUGUGACUGAAAAUGAGUAGUCCAAAUCAAGCUGGAUAUAAAGUUAUCGGAAAGGA